CUCAUCAUCACCCACAACACCGAGCACCACAAAAUAGAGAUCAAUUCACUAACAGUCCAUCGAGAUGGCUAAGCGGUUGGUCCUCUUUGCGACAGUAGUCAUCACCCUCGUGGCUCUCACUGCUGCUGAAGGUGAGGCCUCUAGGCAACUACAGUGUGAGCGCGAGCUCCAGGAGAGCUCGCUUGAGGCAUGCCGACAGGUCGUGGACCAACAGUUGGCCGGUCGGCUGCCAUGGAGCACGGGGCUCCAGAUGCGAUGCUGCCAGCAGCUCCGAGAUGUUAGCGCUAAGUGCCGCCCCGUCGCCGUCAGCCAAGUUGUAAGACAAUAUGAGCAAACCGUGGUGCCGCCUAAGGGCGGAUCCUUCUACCCUGGCGAGACCACACCACUGCAGCAACUCCAACAAGUAAUAUUUUGGGGAACAUCUUCACAAACAGCACAAGGGUAUUACCCAAGCGUAAGUUCUCCUCAGCAGGGGCCAUAUUAUCCAGGCCAAGCUUCUCCACAACAGCCAGGACAAGGGCAACAGUCAGGCAAAUGGCAAGAACUGGGACAAGGGCAACAAGGGUACUACCCAACUUCUCUGCAUCAGUCAGGACAAGGACAACAAGGGUACUACCCAUCUUCUCUGCAGCAACCAGGACAAGGGCAACAGACAGGACAAGGGCAACAAGGAUACUACCCAACUUCUCUGCAGCAGCCAGGACAAGGGCAACAGAUAGGACAAGGGCAACAAGGGUACUACCCAACUUCUCCGCAGCACCCAGGACAAAGGCAACAACCAGGACAAGGGCAGCAAAUAGGACAAGGGCAACAACCAGGACAAGGGCGGCAAAUAGGACAAGGGCAACAAUCAGGACAAGGGCAACAAGGGCACUGCCCAACUUCUCCGCAACAGACAGGACAAGCGCAACAACCAGGACAAGGCCAACAAAUAGGACAAGUGCAACAACCAGGACAAGGGCAACAAGGGUACUACCCAAUUUCUCUGCAGCAGUCAGGACAAGGGCAACAGUCAGGACAAGGGCAACAAUCAGGACAAGGACACCAACUAGGACAAGGGCAGCAAUCAGGACAAGAGCAACAAGGCUACGACAACCCAUACCAUGUUAACACAGAGCAGCAAACGGCCAGCCCAAAGGUGGCAAAGGUGCAGCAAACCGCGACACAGCUGCCGAUAAUGUGUCGGAUGGAGGGGGGCGACGCAUUAUCGGCUAGCCAGUGAUAGAACUCUCUGCAACUUGCAUGGUGCUUGGUAUGCAUGCACCUUAGCUAUCCAAUAAACGUGACGUGUGUUCACAGGUUUUCAUGUAACUAGAGUAAAACCCAAUAAUAAUGCAAAAUGAAAAGCUUCUCCAACUAAAAAACAACAAAACGGGCGUUGUGUAGUAUGUGUUGCAUGUCUCAGCUCAUUGUGUUGAUGCAUACUGAUGACCCACAA